CACCGGGGCCGCGCGACAGCCGCGCUUGGCGGCACCGUGGCAACCGCGGUGGACGGACACCCUGAGGGAAUACGACCGGGGGCUGGGGCCUGGUAUGCUUUACGGCACUGCCGGGCAAUGGAGCGUCCCGGUCUAAGGAACUAAUGACUACCGCGGAGGGAACAGAAGGACGACGGGGUCGGAGGCGUGCUUUACGGCACAGCGAGGUGACGGAGCGGCUCCCGGUGGGGGGAAGAUUUGAGCAGAGCGCUUUUGCGACAGUGGGAGGAAAAAACGCCUGCCGUAGGCACUUUUACGACAGAGAGGCGGUGGCGCCCGAACACGUUCAGCUUUCCGACAGCGGCGCCGACGCCAGGGAGGAGACACCUUUAAAUAUCCGCUUUACGGCAGAGAGAGUUGUCUUCCAUCACGCUACGUGCUUUAAUUCCGUAUGAGCCGGGUCUGGAGGACCAGAGCUGAGAAGCGGUAGCUUUAGAAAGGCUCUCUACCCCACGAGGCCGGCUCUGUCUUGCGACAGUGUCGCAAUCCCUGUACUGUGCCCCACACCUCUCCUGAAAGGCAAAGCAAGCCGACUGAAGGGGGAAGUUCGAGGGUACUGCAGGUCCAGUCCAACCAAACUUUUAGAUUUCAAGUCCACAAAUAAAGAGUCCAGAGAAAUCCCAAGAGGCGGUUUCAAGCAACGGCUCAGACGUUCCCAAAAGAUCCCCCCACAAUUAUAAACAAGCCCCUAGCACCACUCUCGGAUGCUCGCGCUAAGGUCGGAGGACUGUGAGGUCACAAUUAAGGCUUCUUGCCUCUUAGCUAUGAUUGGCUGAUUCGGAUGGGGGCGGUGAUGGAGCAGAAGGGCGGGAACAAAUCGCAAAGACAAAGAAAGUCUUUGGGUGGGACAGAAAGGGAAAGGCGAGCAAAGGGGCUCCCAGCUUGAGGUCUCUAUAUAGCGAGUUUCGGUUCCGUCCACCUCCGCUCCAGGGAGCAGAGUGGGAGGGACCCGGGGCCUGAGCAGCGAGUCCCCGUCUCACCCAGGCCCUAGGGGCGGGGCUAUGUGCAUCAGGGAGGUGGGGCGGGGUGGCUGAGUGGCCCCCGAAGUGGAGCCAUGGAGAAGCCGGAAGCUCUGGGGGCUGCUGGCGGCCUCAGGGGGGAAUCCCCUGGAGGGUCAACCAAGGGGGUUCCGGGAGAAGUCAGAGUCGAGGCCGGCCCCGGGUUGUCCCCUGGAGUAGGCUUGUUUCACGGUUCUGAGUCCCCCAUGCACCCCGGAGGCAUUGCAAUUCGCAGUCCUGGUUCAGACCAGACUUCCCGAGGGAAAGUGACCCUUGGUUCCGAGCCUAGUCAGCACCUUGGGGAGGUUGCGGGCCGCAGCCUUGGGUCUGGCACAUGCCCUGGUGGCCUCAACCCACUCUGCCCUGCACCCAGUGUAACCCAAGCCCCUAGUCCCGGGUCUAGGGGGCUUGAAAUGAACAGCUCAGAAUGCGAUCCGCGCUCCGGAUCAACUUGCUUGCAUCUCCACAACCAUGAGGACCGGCCCCGGAGCAUCCUAAAAAAAACCAGCUCCAUCUCGAUGCCCAAACCCAGUGUGGAGAAGAAGAAGUCUCAGCACUGGGACGAGGGGAAUAUCCUGGCCACCUACCACCCUGCGGGGAAGGACUACGGCUUUAUGAAGGUGGAUGAGCCCAGCACUCCCUACCGCAGGUUUCAGGACAGCUAUGAGGACCUGUUGGCAGGGUCCUCAAACAAGGUGACUCCUGAAGAAAUAGCAGAGAGGUUUGCAAAAAUGGACAAAACUCUCCAGUAUGGGGAUAACAGAAGCUCAGGGUCUUCAGACAACUUUUCCAAGACAUACUCCAGUGACUUUGACAAGCGCCGCAGGGCACACUAUGACGAAGGGAAGUUCCUCAAGGCUCAGAAAAAGCUGCCUGUGGAUGAUGACGAAGAAAGCAACGGGGCUGGUGGCAGUGGCAGCAGCGGCAGUCCAGGUGUGAAGCUGGACCCCAUGCCCAGGCCCGCAGAGAGAAGCUGGGCUGGAGGACUGGCCGGAGGACUCAAAGCCGAGACUGGCCUGGUGACCAAGAGCCAGGUCCUAGAAGCCAAGGAUUCCUCUACCUACAGAAGCCAGUCCCCCCGAGUUUGGGCCCCCAUUACAUUGCAGCAGGGGAUUGACCUGCAACGCAAGGAGUAUUAUUGCAAAGGAAUAUAUCUGAGAUCCUGUUCCCGCCCAGAGCUUCAGGAGGACACAGAAGAUGAGCAGGACAACAGUACUACCCUGUCCUCUCAAGACAGUGGGUCUCCAGUGGUGUCCGGCUGGUGUCAAUGGCUGGUGACCAAGGAGCUGAGCUGGCAAAGCCCAGGGACCUCGGAGAGGGAAUGUACCAGCAAACGACCCCCCCAAAGCCAUACCGAGCACAAAAAUGAACCUGGGCAAAGAUGAAACGCCGUGGCUGGACUCAGGAAGAGGAAACCCAACAAUGGAAACUGUAGCCAGCUGGGGCGGGGGCCCUUCCCUGCCCUUCUACCCUAGAGAUGGCCAAUAAAGAGCAGAAGAGCGAGGUCUGGGUGCUGUGACUCGGAUGCUCAGGCUGGGCCUGCUCAGUCAUGCAGGAGGAAAGGGGAGGUCACACACAGGAAACCGGGACGGCAGAGCGGGGAGAAGAGCCA